CAAUCACGGAAGACCUUAUCCAUAUCUCUCUUUUCUUACUAGAAAAUCUAAAACUCAUCUCUCGAUCUCUGUCUGCUGGUUUUACGAUCUUUGUUGCCAAAAAGAGAAGGGCCUCUCGAGACAAGUGUAGUGUUAGGAUCACAAAGACAACACUACAGCUUCCUCUUCUCGACACGACCCUCCGUCAUGUUUGCGCCAGCUAUGUCUCCUCCUUGCCACGUUUCAUCACAAUCUUCCACUAUAUAUACGCACUUAGACAUUCCCUCAUGUUUUGCCUUAUCCACUCCACAAAGACAAUAUGGUUGGUGCAAAUAAGAAACAACGAACGGUCCAAGCUAGUUCGAGGAAAGGAUGCAUGAGAGGAAAAGGUGGACCCGACAACGCGUCUUGUACUUACAAAGGCGUUAGACAACGCACUUGGGGCAAAUGGGUGGCUGAGAUCCGUGAGCCUAACCGAGGAGCUCGUCUUUGGCUCGGUACUUUCGACACCUCCCGAGAGGCCGCCUUGGCUUAUGACUCAGCAGCUCGCAAGCUCUAUGGGGCCGAGGCUCACCUCAACCUCCCUGAGUCCUUAAGAAGUUACCCGGAAACACAAGUGUCCCAUACGCCAAGCAGCAUCACCAGUGGGAAAAGCAGCGACUCGAUCAACGAGGAGUCGCCUAGUUCAUCCAACGAGAUGUCAUCAUGGGGAACAACAGAGGAGAUAUCAUGGGAACAUAUGAACGUUGAUUUACCGGUGACGGAUGAUUCUUCUAUAUGGGAAGAAGCUACAAUGUCGUUAGGGUUUCCAUGGGUUCAUGAAGGAGAUGAUGAUAUUUCUCCGUUUAGUACUUGUAUUAAUGGUGGCUAUUCUAAUUGGGAUUCCUUUCAUUCGCCACUUUAAGGUUUCACUAAAGUCUCUUAAUUAAGGCAUUGUCAUAUACAAUAUAAAUACACUAAAUAAUCAAUGUGAUAUAUGCAUAUGUGUGAAUAAUCUAUAAACUCCGUGUAAUUAUAUAUGGUACAUAUAAAUGUGGUUUGUCUUUGUAAUGUGAAAUCAGAUUCUUACUCCAUCAAAAACAUAAAAACGACAUUUGUUUGUCUCGAAUACAGACAUGGGUCAUGGAAAAAUUUAGAAGUGCAAUGUAUCUGUGUAAUGAAAACGUGAUACUACGUUGUGUAACGGUUAGUGUUAAAGAUUGCAUGUCCGUUUCAUGUGGGCUUGACUAUUGUCUUGUUUGUUGUGUUGUAUCUUUUUGUAUUCUGGUUAGUUGUUGCAAUUUCUUUCCAUCUUAUUCUUACCUGGCCUCUGUGAUAAUGUACCCUCGCGUGUCCUUACUACAUGGCAAGGUACACUACCUACGCUAGCACGAUUGUACUAAGCCCAAAUAUAUAUUUUCGGCCCAUAUAGUUGGUCUCCGCUUGAUAGUUGAUGCAAACAACAAAUCUUGAAUCCACACAGUCCACUAACAUUUGGUUAAAGGCCUAACUCGAUUAAUUCGUGUGUCUCUCUGGUCAUAGAAGUUGAUCAAAGAAGAAGUAUAGUAAAUUAUUUUCUUAAUGGAGAUGUUGUAUAUAAAGACCAGAAAAAUAAAAUAAAGAGAAAUUUCUAUGAUAUUUUCCAAUGUUCUAAAACGCGGGCGCCUAGCCGAUUUUGCGGCCGCCUAGGCGCUCGGCGUCAAAGGCACGUCUCGAUUUGGAUGCGAUUAAUGGCUUAAGAUGCGAUUAAUUGCCGCCUAAUCAGGCUUGAACCGAUUUAUUUUAGCUAAAUUUUGGGCUCAGUGACAAAUGAUUGGCCCGUGAUACAGGCCCAUUCGUCUGGGAUGAA